AUUGUAAACAUUUACCGAUUCUCAUCGCCGCUCAUUUUCUUCCCCAAUCCUUCCUCUCUCCCCCAAACUCCCGCUCCAAGUUUCCUCUCUUCUCCACCCGAUCAUUCACCGACGUACACCUCCGGCGAAAAUGAUGCACAUGACCUUCUAUUGGGGCAAAACCGUCACGAUUCUCAUAGAUUCGUGGCGCACCGAUUCAUGGCUCUCCUACCUUCUCUCCCUCGUCGCCCUUCUCCUCGCAUCUGCCUUCUACCAGUACCUCGAAGAUCGCCGCGUUCGCUUUAAACUCCUCUCAAAAUCCAACCCCUCAUCCCUCGAGAUUCCCUUCCUUUCCCGAGCUGCCGCAGGACGAUCGAUGGCGAGUGUUUCGGCUGCGGUUCUUUUCGGAGUAAACGCCGCGAUUGGGUAUCUCCUCAUGCUUGCUGUUAUGUCCUUCAACGGAGGUGUUUUUCUGGCGGUGGUAAUCGGGCUAGCGUUGGGUUAUUUUGCUUUCCGAAGCGGGGUCGAGGAGGAUCUCAUCGCCUUGGAUAAAUCGUGCCCCUGCUCCUGAUCUAAUCAAACUGGUAUGUUGAUGUAGAUUAUGUGUUGGCGUGAUUUAGUUUUGUUGAGGAAUAAAAGGUUGCGUGAUCUAUGUGUUUGUGCGGUGGGAGUUUCUGGUUUGUGGAUUUGGGAG